GUACACGCAAACUCAAUGGAGCUAGGUAAGCCUUUUGCUGACUCAUCAGCUCAGCCUUGCAGAAAUGCACCAGUGGGGUCUCGCCCCGGCUGCCCCUCUGAAACCCUCCGACAGAGCCUACAGAACUCCCUGAAGCCUCGUCACUGUCCAACGUCAUCCCAGUCCUCGUCACUACACGCAGGCAGCAUCUUCAGCCUCGCCGCAUCCCCCCUCAUCACAUCGAGAACCCUCAACUCUCACCGCCGAUAAUCCCAAAAAAUAGUGGAAGGAAAAUAAGGAGAAAGAGAAGGACAAAUCAAGAAAUCAUCACCAUGAACCGCCUCUUCGGCUCCAAGCCCACGGGCCCCAAGCCCACCCUCACCGGCGCAAUCACAAACAUCGACACCCGCAUCGCCUCCAUCGACACCAAGCUCAAGGCCCUCAACGGCGAGCUCUCCGCCUACCAAGAAAAGCUCUCCAAGAUGCGCGACGGCCCCGGCAAACAAGCCAUCAAGCAAAAGGCCCUCAAGGUCCUGCAGCGCCGCAAGGCCUACGAGGCGGAGAAGGACAAGCUCGAGAGCCAGGUCUGGAACAUGGAGCAGGCGCAGAGCAUGCAGGAUAACCUCAAGAACGUCAUGACCCAGGUCGACGCCAUGAAGACUACGAACAAGGAGCUGCGCAAGCAGUAUGGAAAGAUUGACAUUGACAAGAUUGAGCGUUUGCAGGAUGAGAUGGCUGAUUUGCUUGAUGUUGGGAACGAGAUUCAGGAGAGUUUGGCACGUGGGUACGAUAUUCCUGAUGAGGUGGAUGAGUCGGAGCUGGAUGCUGAGCUUGAGGCGCUGGGUAUGGAGGCUGAGCUGGAGCAGGAGUACGGCGCUGGGGCCGUGCCGGGGUUCCUGCAGGACGAGGUCGUGCCCGAGUUUGUUGACGAGCCGCCGCAGACGGAAGAAAAGGUCAAGCAAGCUGCGGGUUAGCAUCGUCUUUUGUCAAUUUAGUUUCUCUUCAUUCAGCAUCUAAUAUCAGUCUAUUAUAUCGUUCCGUGGCGUGGCGUGGCUUCUCAUUUGGCUCCUCACGAGCAGCAUCGUCAAGCGCAAGUCCCUUCACCCCAACAUCAUGGCAGUAUCACACUAUUUCCAAUGUUUCACACCCAAGACUAUGUAAAUAAAGAUCACAGGAUAGGCG